AAGAAAACGGUAUAUGUCUCUCCCCUUUCAGGUAAUACCUGUAUAAGGGUACUGCUUUUCACAGAAUAUGACAAUUUACUGUUAGUUUUCAAUAUCAAAGCAAACAGUAAAUGACUCUCCGAAGCCCGUCAUAAGUUUUCUUGUAUUUUAACUAUCAGCCUUGUGAAUUGGGGUAGAUUCUGCAAAAACCGGCUCGGGGCACUUGAUAUUUUGUUCCUUUUCUGUUUCAUAUCUCGAACUUGCAUAGUGACCUGCCCCACAUAGGUCAUCGCACUAAACCUAUGGCCACAAUGCCCCCGAGUUUUGGAUUAUAAUGAACUCGAGUCUCACUACUCCAGCAGCUCAUGUCGCCACACCGCCACUGGAAUAGCAAUAACCUUUGCUUUUCUUCGCCAUAGAUUGUGAAGAAUAUUCGGCAUUUCGGUUUGAUAUUGUGUUAGUGCAAAUGGUUGCCACGCCUUGCAACAGUAAAGCUUCAGCCCGGAAACGUGCCGUUUCACCGUCGCCUCAUCCUAGCGAUGAAAGCCCAAAGCGGCAAAAGCGAAGAGAGAAGAAAGUUCGUUUCUCUCCUUGUCGGAACGAAGAGCACGGAUUCCCAAUCUACGAAGAACGUAUGCCUAGGGAAGAGAAAUCUACGGUGAGAUCGAGUCUGUGGUACACGGUGCUUCUCUCGAAAAGCAAUCGCCUCACGUAUCACCUUUUUUAUUUCUCCAAGCGUUCGGAGUACGACAACUUUCUAUACGAUCGCGUCCAGACUAUCCGUGUUUUUCGCACGGUGGGUGGAGAAAUUUCAAUGUUGGAACCCAACUACUGUCUGCGUGGACUGGAACCGUACAAAUCACCUUUGCUCAAUACCGAAAUGUACUCCCACCGCACGGCUUAUCGCCAAACCGUGCUAAAAGAACAAUCAAGACAGCGCCGGGCCCUUGAAGUGAAUCCACAACGGAUCGCGCAACAGGUCUCGCAUAUGUCGAACUGGGCUCUCUCAAGGGCGCACAAACUAGCGGUCUUGGACGCCAAGGAUGCUAAUGAAUACUAUACUUCUUUUGAAAAGAAAACUCAUUGUACUCGCAUUGAGGGAGCAGAAUGCGCCACUGCGACGUGGAUUUCGCACCAGAUGGCCAUGUCUCUAAGAGGAAUUUCGGUAACAGCAAACACUCCCUACAGUCCCAUCUUUACAUCCAAAAAGAACCCACCGGUGAACGUGACACAGCUAAAGAAAUGGAAUGCCCUACUGGUGAAGCAAUUCGUGACACUACAAAAGGGCAAGAAUACGCCCUUGGCUGAUUCAAAAUUGAUCGAGCAUGCAAACACUAAAGAUUGCGUAGAACCAAAAAUGUCGCUGAAGUCUCUCAUGGCGAAUACGCGUCGACGAAUUUCAGCGACGUCGACUGCUCUUCCUCCUAUUCCGGAUCUGGGUGUCUCCUAA